GCGCGCUUAUUUUGGAUUGCUGCUUCUGAUGAGCGUGUCACCACGACAUCACUUUUAUCACUACUGGAGCCGUGAUUCUCUUUUCAACUGCGAAGAAAUCGCCAAAGUGAUGUCUUUCAAGCGCUUCCAGUAUAUCAUGAAUUCCCUUCGUGUAAACGACCCAAGCAAAUAAAAGAAAAGAGGAGAAGAUGGUUAUGACAGGCUUGCUAAGCUGCGACCCCUUAUUGAUAAACUGAACAAGAAAUUUCAGGAAGAGUACUCGCCGUCAUCUCACCAGGCAAUUGAUGAGAGCAUGGUUGCUUUCAAAGGAAGAUCUAGUAUGAAACAGUACCUUCCAAUGAAGCCCAUAAAAAGAGGGUAAAAAGUCUGGUGCAGGGCCGACUCAAAGACGGGCUAUUUGCUGCAAUUUCAGGUGUAUGAAGGGAAGAACGCACAAAGACCAGCCAAUCAAAGCCUUGGUGAGCAUGUCGUUCUUUCUCUGUCAAAGAGCGUGCAGCCUGGAACGCGGCUAUUCUUUGAUAACUAUUUUACCUGCACUCGCCUAAUGGAAACUCUCGCUGAGAGGAGCAUCCUAGCCGCAGGAACGGUUCGCACCAACAGAAAGGAUUUGCCCGAAGAACUGAAGCGAAACAACAAGCUAAAGAAGGGAGAAUACCUGUGGCGCUCCAAAGGUCAGGUCACAGCCUAUCAGUGGCGUGACACUAAAGAUGUUCACCUCUUGUCGAAUUUCCAUGAUCCGACGGAAACUGUCGAAGUGUCACGGAAGCUUGCCAAUGGCUCUUCGGUGGCUGUGAUCUGCCCAAAAGCACUGGCAGACUACAACGUGUCGAUGGGGGCCGUAGACAAAUUUGAUCAAAAGCGAAAUGCCUACACUUCUGAUAGGCGUUCCAAGAAGUCCUGGUAUAGAAUAUUUUAUUUUCUCUUCGAUGCUUCUGUCGUCAAUGCAUUCAUUCAAUACUGUGCCAACAAUGACAUAACAUACUUGUGGUUCCGGCUUGUUCUAGGACGGCAACUCAUAAAUGGACAAACGUUCAGGCACUACACUAGCACUGGACCAUUCCGGAAGAACAAGGAGGGCCGAAUGAACGGCCAAAAGAUGGUUGGAGUCUCGGAGGAAAUUCGAUUCACAGGGAGCGGCCACAAUCCACAAAAAGUGCCCGCAAGGCGAAGGUGCAGGUGGUGCUCCACCACAGGAAAUGAGGUCCGCACAAAGUUCAUGUGUGGGGUGUGCAAGGUGCCCCUGUGUGCCACUUGUUUUGGUGCCUUUCACACUAAAUAGGCACAAAAGCGAUGUCAGCAGGGUGCCUUCAUGAGACAACGGGACAGUGUUGUCCCACUUCCGAAAUCCACGGAAUGUGCCAAUGGGACAUAUACGUCCCACUUUUUUCUAAUAAACUAAGCAUGUUAUA